AUGAUAUCUUCUGUUAUUUGCAUUAUUCUGCUUAUUCAUGCAUCCAAAUCAGAAACGCAGACAAACCACUGUAAAGAAAUGUUACAGGGAUAUUUGACAGGUCAACUCUCGUCUGCUCUUGGGUCAUACCAAAUUGAGGCUUUAAAGCGGGAAUUCAAAGGUUUUGCUGAUACCAUGGAAAAAUCAAUGAAAGAAUUUAAGGAGCAAAUGAAAUCUGAUUUGAAGAACGGAUCUGGAGUCGAUCCAAAGAUUGGUGCUGUGUACAUCAGGUGGGGAAAGAAAAGUUGUCCCUCGACAGCCCAGCUUGUGCAUUCGGGUUAUGUAGGAGGGUCGUACUUUACUCACACUGGUGCUGCAGUUGAUCCCCUUUGUUUGCCAAGAAAUCCCGAGUGGGGUAAAUAUAAAGAUGCAGUUGAGCAAUGGAGAGGUUAUGUGUAUGGGUCAGAAUAUGAAACCGAUUAUAUACCAUUGGCAAGCGUACAUAAUCACAACGUGCCAUGUGCCGUUUGUCUUCUGAGAGAUAAAACAACCACAACAGUUUUUCCAGCAAGAAAAUCCUGCUUCAGAGGUUGGAGGUUGGAGUACCAUGGUUACCUUAUGGCAGGGUAUCAUGGACACAAGGCUGGUACAAUGUAUACUUGUAUUGACAAAAAUCCGGAUACUGUUGUUGGAGGACAUGCAGAUCAUAAUGGCUACCUCUUCUAUCCAGUGGAAUCUCGCUGUGGAUCGUUGAAUUGUCCGCCAUACGUAGAAGGACGAGAACUUACAUGUGCUGUUUGUUCUGCACCAUGAAUUUUAAAGCAGAAUAACUGUUACAAUAGCAAGAU